GCGCUUCCAUAGCUUCACUCUCAUCCAACGCCUUCCUGUACAAACACACGUGGAUUCCAGCCUGACGCCAGGCAGCACAAACAACAAUAACAUGGCAAGCCACGGGCUCAUAUACGACGGCUGCAAUUUUUUCAGACAGCGGCUUGUUUUAUCCACACUCAGCGGAAAGCGUGUUAAAAUAAAGAAUAUAAGGUCGAGAGAUGACAACCCGGGGCUCCGAGAUUUUGAGGCCAGCUUCAUCAGACUGCUUGACAAAGUGACCAAUGGCUCCAGAAUAGAGAUCAACCAAACAGGUACGGUGUUGUUCUACCAGCCUGGUCUGUUGUACGGCGGUCCUGUAGAACAUGACUGUAACACGCAGCGCUCGGUCGGCUACUACCUGGAAGCUUUGCUCAUGCUGGCUCCAUUUAUGAAGACGUCUCUAAAGGCCACACUGAGGGGGGUCACCAACGACCCCACCGACCCAACAGUCGACCUGCUGAAGUCCUCCACCCUCCCUGUGAUGAAGAAGUUUGGCAUUGAUGGAGAGGGAUUCGAUCUCAAGGUGGUGAAGAGGGGCAUGGCACCUGGUGGAGGAGGAGAGGUAGUCUUCACUUGUCCCGUCCGCAGGACCAUCAGACCGGUGCAGCUGACCGACCCAGGAAAGAUCAAGAGGAUCAGAGGAGUGGCAUACUCUGUGCGAGUUUCUCCUCAGAUGGCAAACAGGAUCGUAGAAUCAACCAGAAGUGUUCUCAACAAGUUCAUUCCAGACAUCUACAUCUACACCGACCACAUGAAAGGACCAAACUCUGGAAAGUCUCCAGGUUUUGGUCUGACUCUGGUGGCAGAGACACUGAAUGGCACGUUCCUCAGUGCUGAGAUGUCGUCCACGCCACAAGGGCAGGGAGACCCCAUGCUACCCGAGGACCUUGGAAAGAACUGUGCCAAACUACUUCUGGAGGAGAUCCAUCGGGGUGGCUGCGUGGAUUCGUCCAAUCAAAGCCUGGCGCUGCUCUUGAUGACCCUUGGCCAACAGGACGUGUCAAAGGUUCUGCUGGGACCGCUCUCCCCGUACACGAUCGAGUUCCUCCGGCACAUUAGAGAUUUCUUCCAGAUCAUGUUCAAGAUCGAGGUUCAGAAGCCUUCAGAAGACGAAAGUAAAGGUGGAGAGAAGGUCCUGAUGACUUGUGUAGGAGUUGGUUACAGCAACAUAAACAAAACCCUCAAAUAAAACUAGUUUUUUUUUUAUUA